GGGUUCGAGAGAAGGGAGAGGUAUAAAGACAGUCACCAGCAACCAAAUUUCUCCCCAGUUCCCUGCGGAGACAACCCUCGUCUUUAGAACAACAUGAUGCUCAAGUCUGUCACAGAAAGCUUUGCCAAAGUGAUCCACGGCUUGAAGGUGGGACACCUGACGGAUCGUGUCAUUCAAAGGAGCAAGAGGAUGGUUCUGGAUGCUCUGGGAGUGGGGCUCCUGGGAACCAGCACAGAAGUGUUUCACAAAGUCAGCAGAUACAGUAAAAUCUAUAGUUCCAAUGUAUCCAGCACCAUCUGGGGCCAGCCAGAACUCAGGCUCCCACCAACCUAUGCUGCUUUCGUUAACGGUGUGGCUAUUCACUCAAUGGAUUUUGAUGACACGUGGUAUCCUGCCACCCACCCUUCUGGACCUGUCCUUCCUGUCCUCAUGGCCCUAUCGGAAGCCCUGCCACCAAGUCCAAAGUAUUCUGGCCUUGACCUGCUGCUGGCUUUCAAUGUUGGUAUUGAAGUUCAAGGCCGAUUACUGCAUUUCUCCAAAGAAGCCUAUGACAUACCAAAGAGGUUCCAUCCUCCCUCGGUGGUGGGAACCUUGGGGAGUGCUGCUGCCGCAUCUAAGUUUUUGGGGCUCAGCGUGACAGAGUGCCAAGAGGCCCUGGCUAUUGCUGUUUCUUAUGCCGGGGCACCCAUGGCAAAUGCUGCCACUCAGACCAAGCCAUUUCACGUGGGCAAUGCUGCCAGGCAUGGGCUAGAAGCUGCGCUCCUGGCAAUGCUGGGUCUCCAGGGAAACAAACGGGUUUUGGAUUUGGAGACAGGGUUUGGGGCCUUCUAUGCCAACUAUUCUCCUAAAGUCCUUCCAGACCUAGAUUCACACACUUGGCUUCUGGACAAGCAGGAUGUGGCCUUCAAGCGUUUCCCUGCCCAUUUGGCCACCCACUGGGUGGCAGACACAGCUGCAUCGCUGAGAAGGCACCUUGUAUCAGACAAAGCCCCGCUGCCCAUUGACCGCAUUGAGAGAAUUGUGCUGCGAAUCCCAGACGUCCAGUAUGUGAACAGGCCCUUCCCCAGCUCUGAGCACGAAGCCCGCCACUCCUUCCAGUAUGUGGCCUGUGCCACGCUGCUCGACGGCGCCAUCACUGUCCCAGCCUUCCACAAACACCAGAUCAACAGGCCACAGGUGAGACAGCUGCUUGGUAAGGUGGAGCUGGAGCACCCUCGAGACAACCUACCAAACUUCAACUCACUGUACUGUGAGAUGAGUGUGGCCCUCAAGGAUGGAGCCGUCUUCACAGAGCAUUUGGAUACCUUCUACGGUCACUGGAGGAAGCCUCUGAGCCAGAAGGACCUACAGGAAAAGUUCAGAGCCAAUUCCUGCAGGACGCUGUCCUGCCAUGCUGUAGAAAGGCUUAUAGAGACAGUAGGAAACCUAGAAGACCUGGAAGAUUGCUCUAUGCUAACCACACUUCUGAAAGAACCCUCUCCACCAAAGAUAGCUUCAAAAUCUAUCUAGCAUUUAACAAUUCCAUCAUACAAUCUCUCCUGUGGCUUGACAACAUCCAAGUGACUUUGUAUCGGGGGAAAUUCAAUUUUCUGCUGUAGAGAACAAGGGUCUGUCCUUGGUCUGCCUGGGAACAAGUGCAGCACGCUUCAGCGCUUCAGAGCCCAGACACAGAACUGGAUAUACAUGGAAGCAGUCUUGCCCUGUAAAUUUUACAAGAUGGUUCCAGUAACCUAUUUUGGCAAGCUAAUGAAGGUGCAAGAAACACAGAGAAAUUUAUUUUAAAAGCAUUCAUAAGGCUGAAAUUCAAGUCACCUGUGCUUAGCUUAAACUUUUCAGAGGAGUUAUUUAUGAGCCUUUAUGAACCUCGAGGCAUGAGAGGGAUUUGAACUUCUACAUAAAACUUGCUGACAGUGAAGAUGGCUCUGGUCUGUUGUGCCACCAACAGACUUCUUAGACUAUGAGUUAUAAGAAGCCCUUCACAAUGGAGGGGAUGCUAUUGGGUUUAAAAUAAGGGCUUCAUUGUUUCAAAUCCUGCCUCUGCCAUUGACUAGCUGUGACACUGGGCAUGGUUUGGGGUAUCCUUCUAGUUAUGCUUUAUUUUUUAAAAAGUAUAAAAAAUAGAGCAGUUUGACUCUAGAAGCAGUAUUCUUAAUACAAUCUAUCAUCUUUCAUUACAAAAAAAAUUUUGAGACUAAUAUCACAGAUGUAGAAUCUGAGAUAUAAUAAAGUAUGACAGCCAAAACAUGGUAUAUAUGUGGACAGUCAAAUAAUAUUAAACUGUACAAAACAAUUAAAUGUCUUGUGGGGUUAAAAUUGCCACAUUAGUAUUACAUACACAUAAGCAGGGAGUUAUUGAAGUUCAUGUAUUCUAAAUUCCUUGCAUUGUCCAAGAAAAGGGCAAGCUAUUAACUCUAGACUUUGACUUGCAAGUGUGUAUGUUGACAUUUCCAGGGUGACUAUAUUAAAAAACAACAGUAGAAUGUAUCACUUCCAGGUUAAUAGAAGAAGAAAUAAGGAAUUAGGUAAAAAUAAUCCUAAGUAAAGUAAGAAAGGAAGGGGAAAAGAAAUACAGAAAAGACAGAACAAGCAGAAAGCACAAUAUAAAAUGACAGGAAAAAAAUCUAAAUAUGCCUACAAAUAUACUACAAAUAUACAAGUAUACUACUUUACAUGUCACGAUUCAUCCGUUUUACAUUUUAUUAGUUUUAGUAAAUGCAUAGAGUCGUGCAAAUACCACUGCAAUCCAGUUUUGGAAAACCACCACUUCCAAACACCCCUUAGGCCUGCUUGCAAUCAAUUCUCGCUCCCAUCUCCAGUCCUCUCCAGUCCUCAGCAGCCAAUGAUCUGCUUUCUAUCUCUACAGUUUUGUCUUUUUCCAACAUUUCAUAUAAAUGGAACCAUACAAUAUAUAGUCUUAUGUGUCUGGCUCUUUCACUUAGCAUAAGAGUUUUAUUCCACAUAUGUAUAAGAACUUUAUUCCCUUUCAUUGCUGAGUAGCACCCCAUCAUAUGGAUACACCACAUUUGUUUACCCAUUCAUUGGUUAAAGAGGAGGUAGAUAGCUUCCACUUUGGGGCUGUUAUGAAAAAUGCUUCUAUGAACAUUCACAAACACGUCUUUCUGGGGACAUAUCUUUCCAUUACUCGGGUGGAUUUCUACGAGCAGGAGUGCUGGAUCAUUUGGUAAGUACUUAUUUAUCUGUAUUAAAAACUGUUUUCCAAAGUAGCUUUAUCACAUUACAUUUCCCCCAGCAGUGUAUGAUGGUUUCAGUUUUCUCCUUAUUUUCACCAAACUUUGGAAUUAUCAGUCUUUCUCAUUUUAGCCAGUCUAGUGAGUAUACAAUUGUAUCUCAUUGUGGUUUUAAUUUGCAUUUUCCUGAUGACUAAUUCUUGCCCAUUUUUGCUUAUUAUUUUAAUUAGGUUAUCUUCUUAUUGAGUUUUAAGACUUCAUUUUCUA